CCGGCCUCUGGUCGGGGCAUGGCAAGCGGCGGGCCCGGCUCGUCCAAGGACCAGCCGCCCGCAAAGCGCUCGGCCCUCAAGAGGACCGACUCCACUACCAGCGGCAAGAGCAUCCUUCGGGCCCACAAGGGCAGCGCGAAGUCGGUCCUUCAGGCGUCUCCGGACGCGGCUGUCAAGUGGAACGAGGAAAACGUCAAGAAGACGUUCCACCCAAAAGACAAGGACUACGGUAUGAUGAAGGUGGCCGAACCCAAGACGCCCUACAGCUACGACAUGACCAAAGAACAAAGUUCCGUCGACGCCCACGUAUUGGCGCAAAGAAUAGAAAGCUGCCGUAACGAGACGCUGAAAGCGAUCCGCAUCAAGCGUGAGGACGAGGAGAAUAUGACGGAGGCUCAGAAAGAGCGCCAGCACGACUUCGAGAAGAAGCGCAAGAUGCACUACAACGAGUUCCAGGCCGCCAGGGAAGCGCGGGAGCGAAUGAAGAAGGAGGAGGAAGAGGAAGAGGACGAGGACGAGGAGACCCAAACCAAACCAGGCGGUGACGAAGGCUGCGGAGCAAGCCAAAAAGAAGUGACUGGCCCCGAGCGAUCAGAGGUCGGCACUUCCUGUGACGGAACGAAAAUUCUGCUUCCCCUGAUGAUCGUCGCCAUGCCCACCGGCCUGAGCCGAAAUUGCCGUCCAUAUUGCCUUCACACGUCGUUCCCUCCAGCCGUUUCCCAGGGUGCACCGCUCGACGGACGCGCCUCCGACGUCACCUGAAUCGACAAAAGACGGCGCCGACUACGGCGACGACCGAGUCAUGGUUGAUAGACUAGACAGUUCGUGACCCUUCCGGUUUUCCGCUAAAUUCGUCUGUACUCUCGAGCCGCACGAUACACGUCUGCCCCAGAUGUCGUAGUGGUCGCGCCCCAACCUGCGUCUUCUUCUUCGGGGACGAUGAACCCCUCGUGCAACACGUCAAACGUGCGCGGCGCUCGAGUUUGGAGGCUUGAACAGCCGUUCGCCAUGCGCUCCACCUUGCUCAACCACCGUGUCGUUCUUUUAACAGCAACACGCGAGGGGUCAACGUGCCGAUUGUCUAUAUAUAGGGACGCACUAUCAG